AGAUAAUAACCAAUAUCCUAGGACUCGAAGAAGCCUUUGACUCGGACUGGAACCUAGGAUAAAUCAUCCUAAAUCACUAAACACCCUGAAAACUAGGGUUUUGUAUGUGGCCUUUAAAAGAGAGAGGACAACGUGACUGUGCAUAACCAACAAACCCAAAAGGAAAACCCUAAAAAUAACUGCAAACGGUUGCUCACCCCUAUUCCUAAGCCAAACCAACUUUCCUAAUGGAAACAAACGUCAUAGAACCAACCCCUUCCGCCUCAUGCACUCUUCAUAACCUUCCCCUCCCCUUUCCCCCUCUCUCUUUCUCUCUUUCUCUCCUUCGGAGCCCAGCCCAUAAGAGAAAGAGACAGUAGGGCAUCAUGGGUCACCACCACUCCUCCUCCUUCCUCUCUCUGUCUCUCCUCCUCAUCAUCCAGUCUGCGGCCGCCACAUGCCGGCUGCGCAAUCACACGGUAACCCUCGCAACCCCUCACCCCACAAUUACCACUCCUACUCCUACCCCUAUCCCCGCCCCCACAAUUACCACUCCUACUCCCAUCCCCAGCCCCAGCCCCGCCCCUGGCCCCUCCGGCAAGGCCACGGCCCCCGUUUCUUCUGGCCCGGGGGUCGGCUCUAUAGGAUCAAUAUGCAAACACACAGAUUACCCAGACGUAUGCCUGCGGUCGAUCCUACCAUACCUAGAAGCCAAUGGAGGGCUCCCAUUGGACCCUGCCACUGCCUUCCAUGCGGAGGUGAUCGCCUGUCAAACAGAAGCCAAGGUAGCCAAGUCUAUAGCUGCUAAGAUGGCAGCGGACCCGACCACCUCCUCGGACACAGUCGAGUGCUUACAGAUUUGCAUUGAGAAUUACGACGAUGCACUCGAUAACAUCGACAAAGCCGUGGCCGCCCUUGCAAAGAAGGACUUGGGCACUGUGAAUACCAUGCUCAGCGCCGCUCUCACGGAUUUUAGCACCUGCGACGAUGCCUUUGGUGAGUUGCCGGCCACGGACUCGCCCAUGGCUUCUUAUGAUGACAAGCUUAACAAGUUGAGUAGCAACUUGUUGGCCAUUGUUCAAGACCUUCUCAUGUGAUUAGGGACCAUCCCGCUUGUUUUUAAUGUCAACUUUCUUUCUUUCUUUCUUUCUUUCUAAAGAAAGGUAAUGUGAUUAGGGACCAUCCCACUUGUUUUUAAUGUCAACUUUCUUUCUUUCUAAAGAAAGGUAAGAAAUAUUUUCGUGAGGUGAUAAAACAUUUGGAUUCUCAAUAAAUGAGGCCUUGGUCCGGCUUCUAAC